GAUUUUUUGUGCUCAGGCAUAUUUUAGGUCACCUCCUCAUUCUAAGAUAUACUGUGACCUCUAUUACUGUUGGAAAAAAAAAAAAAAAGGAGGCAGAGUCCAUUGAUUUUUUUUUUCUUAUUAGACGAUGUAACCAGUCUCUGUCAAGGCACAAUGGUAAUUUAAAGAGAAUAACCCUUUCGCUUUGUGUACAGUCAAAACAAGACGCGCUUAUGUCCUCCUCGCCGCUUCAUUUGCGAUUCUGGGUGUUCUGUGCUGUCGGUGUAUAAUCUGUUUCACUGCAUCAACAUGGGUGUGAUCGGUGUACAGCUGGUGGUUACCAUGGUGAUGGCCAGUGUCAUUCAAAAAAUAAUCCCUCAUUAUUCCUUCGCACGAUGGCUUCUCUGCAGCGGCAGUCUGCGGUGGUACCAGCACCCCACGGAAGAUGAGUUGAGGAGCUUAGCUGGGAAACAAAAAGCCCAGAAGAGGAAAAAGAGGAAGCACAAUGGCUACAUUGAAAAGCCUCUCACUGUUCCCAAGGACAUAGACCUGCAGCUGGAGAUGAAAUGUAUCACAGAAGUCAACACAUUAGCAUUGCACUACUUCCCAGAGUUCCAGUGGCUGGUAGAUUUCACAGUGGCAGCAACUGUGGUGUAUCUGAUAACAGAACUCUACUACAGUGUGGCUCAGCCCUCGGGAGAGAUGAACAUCAGUGUGGUCUGGUGCCUGCUUGUACUCGCCUUUGUCAUCAAGACGCUUUUCUCUUUAACGACCCACUACUUUAAGCUGGAGGAAGGAGGCGAGCGCUCGCUCUGCAUUACAUUUGCUUUUUUCUUUUUUGUGAAAGCCUUGGCCAUCCUCAUCAUCACUGAGAACUACCUUGAGUUUGGUCUGGAGACUGGUUUUGCAAACUUCUCAGACAGCGCUCUACAGUUUCUGGAAACACAGGGUUUGGAGUCCCAGGGUCCAAUCUCUAAACUCACAUUCAAGCUGAUUCUAGCAUUGCUCUGUUCUCUAAUGGGAGCCUUUCUAACCUUCCCUGGUCUAAGAUUGGCCCAGAUGCACCUGGAUGCACUUAAUCUGACCACAGCCAAAUUUACUCAAGCUCUGCUUCAUAUUAACUUCCUCUCCCCUCUAAUUAUGGUCCUGCUGUGGGUCAAGCCCAUCACCAAGGACUAUAUAAUGAACCCCACUCUGGGAAAGGAGAGUGUGCCUUUGAUGAGUGAGCAGACAUAUGACACGCUGCGUUUAUGGGCCAUCAUUCUCAUGUGUGUUCUGCGGCUCGCUUUGAUGAGACAUCAUUUGCAAGCCUACCUCAACUUGGCCCAGAAGGGCGUAGACCAGAUGAAGAAGGAGGCAGGACGGAUAAGUACUGUCGACCUGCAGAAGAUGGUUGCACGUGUUUUUUACUACUUGUGUGUAAUCGCACUACAGUAUGUGGCACCCCUGGUGAUGCUGCUGCAUACAACAUUACUGCUAAAAACAUUAGGAGGGCACUCGUGGUGGGUCUACCCUGAAGAAAAUCUGCCCUGCACCCACAAUAUGAACUCUGACUUUAUAAUGCAAGCAGCAGGAGCAGUAGCUCCGGCAGCAGCUUCAGCUGUAGAAACAGGGGCUGGAGCGUCAGUAGCACAGCUCUCUGUGGCCCUGAGGGGCCUGCGGACUGUUUUUAGCCCUUCACUUUUCAGGGGUCUGUUCUCCUUCUUUACUUGGUGGAUUGCCGCCUGCCUCUUCUCCACCUCCCUCUAUGGUCUCUUCUACCAUCAGUAUCUCAUGGCAGCAUAGCAUCGGCACACCAGCAGCGACAGACUGCACCACAGUCACUGUAUGUCCAGCCUGGUCAGAAAAGAGGAAGGAAGGUUCAGGCGGGUUGGUACGGUGCAAUGUGAUUUGGGUGGCGACUGCUGCCCCUGCGACCCGGUAACGGAUAAGCGGAUGAAAAUGGAUGGAUGGCUGGAUGAAUAUGAGGAAAAGUCGGCACAAGUCGUGCAGUACAGGAACAUGCACACGCACACAUACUCACGCACAGACCCGGUGGUCACCUAGACCCGAAGGACUGCACAAGGGUUAAUGGGAACUAAUCUGUUAGUUGUGUUGAUUUUUAACUUUGAUUUGAUAAUUCUGUCACACCCAGACUAAUUUGUCCCUAAUGACUCUCUUAUUGUUGAUUUGUUUGGGUUUUUUUUAAUGUGUCGUGGCCUGUAAACAUUUCUAAUUUUCAACCACUUCCUUUACAACUGUAAAUAUAAAAUCACUAAAAAUAUAAAUCACUUUAUUUGUGCAUAUUGGUUUAAUCGGGUUUGACAAAUCAACAACCUCUAUUUUAAACAUUAACAAUGAGAGCCGUGAGCUGGGAACUUCCCAGAAUUCAGAUGAAGCUUCUCUCGUUUGUUACCACUGAAAGUGUUUUAUCAUUUGUUAUUGGCUUCACCGAGGGCAUCACACAUUGUUGUUCUUACAUGUAUUCAUUUCUGCUCUGGUCUUAAAUAAAUUACGUUCUUUAAAAAUG